AUCGAAAAUUGUUGAAAAAACUGAUUUUUUUUCUUUGUUCAACGGAUUUGAAAAUGGAUGUUUGGGUUGUAGCUGCAGCUGCUGGUGCUGGAUAUGUAGCUCAACGUUUGAAGAAUCUUAGCAAGGGCAAACGGUUAGAUUCGUUCCCGGAUAAUCUUAAUAUUGUCAAACCCGAUUCCUCAAGUGUUCGACAAAAUGUCAAGGAGAAGAGCUCUCCACUUGUUAGGGUGUUUUCGAGGAAACAAAUUGUGGAAGAACGAGAAAACGAACAGCCUUGUGAAGAAGAAGCUGGUUCGGCUGCAGAGAAGACCUCAAUUAGCGGAUACGAAGACGAAACUUUGGCGACGAUGGACAUCUUCGCGAACAGGAUGGGAUUUUUGAGUAGCGAAGAUUUUCGAGGGGAUUGGGAGCAUAGAGUACCUUCGGAUGUCGACGAAGUUUUUACUAGUGAUUCAUUGCGUCGUACUUCUUCGAGUGAAAUGGGAUUUUCGUACGGUUUUGGGAGGAAUAGAAGUAGCCUUAGGUGUAGACGAGUUAACAACGAAGCAAUUAAGCCACAAACUUCUCUUGAAAGUUGUCUUAUGGCUCAGUUAUACGACCAACAUGCCAAAUUUGAAGAGUACACUUAUUCUUCUCUCCGUCGAUUAAAGAAACCAUCACUUAGGCCGUUUAUCGUGACUGAUGGAAGCAGAAUAAUCAGCUCGCCCCCUCGUGAACACGCAUUCAACGGGCUCACUGGAAAAGGGGAAUGUAAGUUGCGGGACGAUAUACAUUCGCAAGAGAAUAAUACUGUACUUGGAGUUCCGAAACUGCCUAAUGUUGUAUCGGGUAGAGACAAAAAUGUGCAGGCUUUGAGAAGAAACGGCUCUAACGAAAUGGCCCGUAGAAAUCAGAAUAGCCCUCAAGGAAUAUCCGACAGGGCUCUUAUUUUCAAUCUUGGAUUAACAAUGGGCAUAGUAUCUUCUGUGAUGGCGAAUAAGCAAGAAAUGGGAAAGCUGAAUAAGUUGUUGAAGCAGACCGAGAAUCUGGUACAAGAUUUGCAAGAGGAAAUCGAAAUGAAAGAUUCAGUAACUGUGAAGGAGAUUGCUGUCGAGGAUUACGAAUCAAAGGAUGUUCACACUGACAAUGACCUACUUGCUUUAUCCAGUGAACACAAUUAUUGUGAAGAAUAUAAAAAUCAGAAAAACGAAGAGGAAUCCUUAAGUAAAAUCGAAGCGGAGCUCGAAGCUGAAUUAGAGAGGUUGGAAUUGACCAUCAACUCAUCCAGAUUGGAAGCAAAAUUGUCCAAACUAAACGAGCUGGAUCCAGAUUCGAUGUCCGAUUGUUAUGAAGGGGAGUUGAGUCAUGACUUGUUUGGUGCCAAAAAAACUGAAAACCGGGCUUAUGGUGAAAGUGGUAGCAGCACACCUCGUUCAGUCAACUACGCAGUCUCCCCGAGAGAGCUGAGUCUGCGUUUGCACGAAGUCAUCCAAACGAGACUCGAAGAACGUAUUAAGGAACUCGAGACAGCAUUGGAGAACAGCCAGAUGAAGGACAAGUACGUGGAAUCUUCGGAGAAUAUACCCUCGGAGAAUAAAACACAAACUUGUUCCACUCAAGAAAGCCCGAUUAUUUCACGGGAUGGAGGAGAAGAAGAAUUUGUGGGCCACCCCGUUGUUAUCAAUUUAUCGGGGGAGGCUCUAUCGGCGUAUAACGAGGCGUAUGAAGAGAUGAUGAAGGAGUCCGAGUCGGAUGAAGAGGAUUUGCAAUUAGGGUUCGGGAAUGGAGAAAUUGAAGGGUUUGAUGGAAGAAUGGAAGAAGAAGAAGAAGAUGUUUGUACGAAUGAUGUGAUUGGUUGGAGCAGCAGUGCGGAUGAGAGUGAAGACGAUGAGAUGGAGAGGAUGUUGAUACGGCAAAUUGUGGAGAAAGCUAAACAAGGCUCUCCUGCUGUUUUGAAAGCUCAUAGGGAAUUGUUAUUUUCAGCUCAUGCAAAUUGAACAUUCUAAUUAUUAUUAAUUGAAAACGGAAAAGAAAAAAAAAACAAUAAACGAAAAACGCAAAAGAAGGGCGAUUUUGCAAAGAGUUUGAGAGUAUCUGGGGGUUAUAGUUUGC